AGAGCGCUACAAUGUAACAAAAGCAGCGGGAUGAAACAGUGAAAUAACCCGCGAGUGUAUGAAGCGCUGCGUUCACGCGGGACCUGAUUAAUAACACACACCACACGCCACACACACACCCACCGGUGAGUUUAGUGGUUAAAGGGCUGAUAGUGGCUCGAGCUGUGAGUGAGUGAGCUCAGGAGGACUGUGCUUACGGAGAGACUUGCCAGAGGAAUCUCCGCCGACGCUGGACAGAGGACCGGAGGACCGGAGCGGGCCGACAUGGACGAGCAGCCGCGCCUGAUGCACGCUCAUGCGGCCCUGGGGAUGAGCGGACACCCGGGCCUGUCUCAGCACAUACCGGACAACACCGGAGCCACCGACGGAGACGGAAGGAAGCAGGACAUUGGAGACAUUUUACAACAGAUCAUGACCAUCACUGACCAGAGUCUGGACGAGGCGCAGGCCAGAAAACAUGCUCUCAACUGCCACAGAAUGAAGCCAGCGCUCUUCAACGUCCUGUGUGAAAUCAAAGAAAAAACAGUGUUGAGUAUCCGUGGCGCUCAGGAGGAGGAGCCUCCCGAUGCCCAGCUGAUGAGAUUGGACAACAUGCUGCUGGCGGAGGGCGUGUCAGGGCCGGAGAAAGGGGGCGGGUCUGCGGCGGCUGCAGCGGCGGCGGCAUCGGCUGGAGUCGGACCCGAUAACUCGGCCGAACACUCCGAUUACAGAGCCAAACUCACCCAGAUCCGCCAGAUCUACCACACCGAGCUGGAGAAGUACGAACAGGCAUGUAACGAGUUCACGACCCAUGUGAUGAACCUGCUGAGAGAGCAGUCUCGCACACGGCCCAUCUCGCCCAAAGAGAUCGAGCGCAUGGUCGGCAUCAUCCACCGCAAGUUCAGCUCCAUCCAGAUGCAGCUCAAGCAGAGCACCUGCGAGGCCGUCAUGAUCCUGCGCUCCCGCUUCCUCGACGCCAGGAGGAAAAGACGAAACUUCAACAAACAGGCCACAGAGAUCCUGAAUGAAUAUUUCUACUCCCAUCUCAGUAACCCGUAUCCCAGCGAGGAGGCCAAAGAAGAGCUGGGCAAGAAGUGUUCGAUCACCGUCUCGCAGGUACGACACUGUUCUGCUGGCUCUUUUAACAUGUCAAACUCUGGCGAUUUGUUUAUGAGUGUUCAGUCUCUGAACGGGGACUCGUACCAGGGCUCUCAGGUGGGAGCCAAUGUGCAGUCACAGGUGGAUACCCUUCGCCAUGUUAUCAGCCAGACAGGAGGAUACAGUGACGGCCUCGCAGCAAACCAGAUGUACAGUCCGCAGGGCAUCAAUGCGAACGGUGGCUGGCAGGACCCCACCACCCCGUCCUCCGUCACCUCCCCCACAGAAGGACCCGGAAGCGUUCACUCCGACACCUCUAACUGAUCCUCACACACACGGACUGUCUCCAUCCCCGCACCACACAGAGAGCAUCAUCAAACUUCUUCAUGCUACCUCUCAAACAUCCAGACCGAGACAACAGGACCUUUAGACUAGACACAUGCAUCUAAUACUGUAUGUCGACCCUGCCUUCAUCGUCAUAACAAACAUCACGUUAUGUUUGAAACAUUUUUGCAAUUUUACCAUAGUGCCAAAGUACUUUUAAACAUCACUUUAGGAGCUCGUUUUACAUUAUAAUAGAAUUGUGCUUGAAAAAGCAGGUUGCACUGCGUCUGAGCUGAACUAGAUUUCUGUUCGUCUAAUAACCUUUGCUUUGAAUCGCGGAAUAUUUGGUUUGUGUACAUAAGGGAAGAUCAUAAUUUCCCUGCUUUAGUGAGAAAUAAAGGCAAUGCGGUUUAGACAUAGAUAUCGAAAUAUUCAUUUCUGAAGGUUAUUAGCACAACGGUAUCAUUAUUUUGCAUUUUAAAUAAGAUUCACAUGCGUCACGCUUCAGUUUAUUCAUGUAAUCUUGAUGAAUUUUUGUCUGAUGUUUAUGUACAGACACACAAAUCCCUUUAUAUAUAUCAUCAUCAUCAUCAGAAUGCAAUAAAAGGCAAUCAGAAGUGAACCAAUCCCAAAUGUGAAAUCGCUUUGUUUUCCGGUUUCGUUCCACCUCAGCCUUCUCUCUGGGCGACCUUGAUACCAAAAACCACAGGCGUGUCCGCUCUUCCGUUCACAUCACAUCCUUCAUGCUGUAAAUUGUGUCAAAUCUGGGAUGCGUUUCUCACGAGCGUCCCGGCGCGUUAUACCUGAAACCAAAAAUCCACUGGUGUUUCUUGAGAAGAAAGGAAAAGCUCACGAUGGCACACAAAUGCAGAAAUCGGUUUGGAUAUAUUUUUGAUGCCCUCCUGUUGUGAAUAGCCGAUUCUCAUUUCUGAUUUCAUAUACGAACGGCCAUAUAUUUGAUUUCUCGCAAGCAUAAUGUGAAUGCGCGCUAGCUUCUAUAUGUAGAUGUGCACCUUUACUCUUCUUUUGCUCUUUUCAUAACAACGGCUAAAAUGAUUAGGUCUUUACAGAAGCGCUGUGAUGAGCGCAGGCUUUCUGCUCCUGACAGUUGCUCAGUUGAUUGAGAAUGAGACAUGUAGAGAGGUUUUGGAGCUCUAGCUAGUGUGGGUCAUUGUCUUUCUUUGGUUUGCCGUCUCAUCGCCGGAGCAGAUCGCACCUCAGCAGCACCGUAUUCACAAAAGCCUCAUGUAAUGAUGCUUUUAGUUUUUGCAUAUACAGCGGUUUGUAAGACAUCAAAAUGUUUACUUUGUUGCAUGUCUUUUGUUCUUUAAACUCCUGCAGUGUUUUUGAAUGUUUCUUCUUUUUUAUAUCAAGCGCAGAGACGUCCUCUUGUCAAGUUUUAACUUUUAAGAUCUCUGCAUAUGUAUAAAAGGAAUACAAUGGAACAGCAAACUAUUGUCUUUUUGAUUCCAACUCGUUUUUGUGAAGAAAAACUAACAAGGUGUAGGUUUUUUGGUCUCUUAAUUUGU